AUGUGCAGCAGCGACACGGGAUUCGGUUUGGCGCACGAGUGCGCUACAGGAGCGCACCUCUCUGGGCGAGCAGCAACGCAAGAACGCUGCGCAGUGUCUGACAUGUCCUUUGGUGCGUUGUGCGACUUUAUGCACACUGUGUCGCCCCUUGACGUGUCCACGUUCACGGGGCCGCCUCGACGCGACUCGGACGGGACUGUGGACAGCCCGCGCGCAACCGUUCGCCGAUUGCAGCGCACGACGCGUCCCGUCUGCGUCAGGGCGCAGCUGCAGCUGCAGAUGUGUGCGCUGACCCACAAACGUCGACGUCCGGAGCAGAGAAGUACGGAGCCGCUGGCGCAGAUCUUGGAUCCUCGACUUUAUCCUGCCUCAACCACAACGUCGAGGACCAAAGUGCACGCCAGUGUCGGCAUGGGACAACCCGUUGUGCCUUUGCUGCUGCUGCUGCUGUUUGUGGGGCGCGAGCAGUGCACUAUCCCGAGCUUUUGGACGCUUGCUCACUCGUCGCUCGCGCUUCAGCAGCACCAUGCGAUCGUCGUUGGUAUCGUUCGUCGCUCGACAGCAUUGUGA